AUGACUGGGGCAGAAGAGGAAGGUCUUGCAGAAUCUGUGAAUAAGGUAGAAAUUAUGGAACAAGAAGAUGGUGAAGUUAGCGAUGUGUCUAACUGUGAUGUGGCGAAUGACGAAGGUGAAAUAGUAGAUCAACAAACAAGCAAAGCAAGUCGCAAAGAGGAUAAUAUAUCGGCGAAGACAGAUAUUAAUGUUUCAAAAAAAACGGCUCUUGAAAAACUAAAGAAUAUGAGUUUUAGUUCCAGAUCGAAACUUCCUGUGCGGAGUUCGUCUGUGGAGCGACGAGAGAAAGAGAGAAGGGAACGACAAACUAUCACGACACCAAAACUGCAGCAUUCGCCGCGUCGCGACAAUGAUGAAGAGAGGCGGCAAAGAAAAAGACGUUGGGAAGAACAUAGUGAUGAGCAGGAGCGUCAACAAACACUUGUUGAAGAACGACCUAAACCGUUGAGAGAAGCUGUUGCAUCAGCCCAUAUGACCUCAUUGCCAGUAAAUAAACUUGUGGAACCAAUGCGUAUUUAUGAUCAGCCUCAUACGUUGCGCCAACGUGUCGAAAAAAUCAUCAGUGUUCAGGAGAGCGAGGCUAUUAAUAUGUCCGACAAAGAACUCAGAAAUUUAAUAGCACGAAUGUGUGAUCUCAGUAAGGAACAAGAGCGAUUGCAACGAGGUCGACAAACUCAGUAUGACACACUGCGAGAAAUAUAUAUGGAGGUGAAGGAUGACAUUGAAAAACUAUACAUUCGCGUUCCGGUGCAUUUGAGAAUGGAUCUUCCGCUUCCACCCCAAACUUUGCAUUCUUCUGGUUCAUCUUCUAGUGGCGCAUUACAAAUGAACGGAGGAACGACAGUUUUUCAAGUAGAUCAGCGUUUCCGAUUACCAAACCUUUUCGAUCCACCUGGGGUGGUUACAAGUGCAAACGUACGGCUAAACCGUGGUAAUGAUCCGGAAGUCAGUGUGCGCAGUGAGGAACGGUGCGCAGGUGCUCGAAUGCGAUUCGGUGAAGUCGGAGGUGUUUCUAACGAUCAACAGAGAGUAUUGGGUGUUAGGAAUGGGGCAGUUUAUAGUGGUGGAUUGAAUGAGCACGGAGUAUUCGAAGACAUAAGUCACAUUGGAUUGGGGAGCGGUAGUACACUGCUAAGAAAUAAUAGUGGAUCAAAUUCAACUACUACCGUGGAGCGUGCAUCUCAUGCAGGUUCAAGUGCGGAGCAGACACUACAUUCCGUCAAUGGUAAAAAACCGCUGUUUCCAGGCUUAAUUGGUCCUACGCAUUUAGAUCAGUCUUCUUCAAUGAUUCCUUCAACGAGUGCAUGCGAUCAUGGUCCUAAGCCACUAUUCAGAAGGUUGGACUUCAGUGGUGGUAGUUCCGGAUUUUCUGGAACUGGACCUUCUCAUGAAUUAUUUCCGAAGGUCACUAGUGACUUACCACCUCAGAUUGGUAGCUUUAGUGAUGGCCCAGCUCCACUAAUGAGCUUUGGUAAUACAGCCAGUCCAAAUCAGGUAUCUCAUUCCAUCGGACGACAAAUUUACAACACUCCUGACAAAUCAGUAACCUCAACGUAUGCUGUGGUACAGACAAACGCUUUAAGCAAAUUAGAAUCUGGAGAAAAUGAUGGUGGUAUGCGAGCAGUAAAUCAGCAUUGCUUUAUGCAUUCUGGAUCGCAAGGUCCGACUAGUUUCAUCCAUCCGAAUAAACCUCCUUCUCCCGUACCUGAUUUUCCCCCAAAUGUUGCAUUGAGGACAUUAUCAAACUCAGUAGAUGCCGAUUGUGGUACAUAUCAUGAAAAUCUUAUCCAUUUGAAAUCGAGCGAGAUUCAAAGCAGCUCACAAGUACCUCUUCCAAAUCUCUCCGAACCGCCUCCACCUUUUGGCACAGCUCCUAUAAAUGGUCCAUCCAUAUUACCGCACAAACUAUCAAGUACGGUUCUUUUGAGCACGAUGCAAAGUUCGAAUAUUGUGCCACCGCAAACAGUACCAGUACCAACUGGCGCUACUCCAGUGUAUCCCUCGGAGCAUACAGUUGGCACCAUUCAACCACUUUCUUCAGCCUCCACUAGUAGCGCGCUGAAUACUUUACCUGGAAGCAGCAAGGCAUUACAGAACUUGCAACCACAAUCUGGAAAUGCUACUGUUGUCACUGCACAGCCAUUAAUGUCAUUACAUUCCGGAUCAUCAGCAGUUAGCGUUCCACCUCCUGAUUUCUCGGUUCCUCCACCAUUAGCACCAUCACUGACUGUGCGAACAAGUGUUGGUACAUCUUCCAUCACUACUAAUUUGUUGAGUCAUACCGAACCAAUCAGUUCCGUUGAUUCAAGAACCGGACCUUCUUCAAACUCAACUCUCCAGAGAAGUUUGUCACAUAUGAAGGGAGGAGUAUUAACAAACAGUACUAUACUGAGUAGUUUACCCUCAAUGAAUGUCCCUCCACCGUCGUUUUCGGUACCACCUCCUCGAGCACCAAACGUUGGUUCUGCAUUCCCUGCUCCUCCUUCAAUGGCUACUGGUGGAAUGACCUCGGGACGGAGACCCGCGAAUAUGGUAUCUUCCAUGGUUGCACCACCGCCAAAUCUUAUGUCAGGACCAGUAGGUUUAAACUGCCCACCACCUGAUAUGUCCCAGCCUCCGCCUAAUAUUCGUAGUGCCCUGGGAGCAAGUAAUCCAGAAAGUGUCCAGCAUAUGGUCAGUGCAGUGGUUGGUCAAUCUACCGUAAGUAGCCAGACACCUGUAGAAGUUGUAACAGAAUUAAUCGCUACUGCCUACAAUAGAACCGGAGGCAUUAGACUUCAUCAUGAUCCAUCGUUAAAGCAACGAAUGUCGAUGGUCACGGAGAACACUGUUGUAAUCAAUAAAAUGAGGGCUCCUGCACCCGCAGGACCACCAAGACCACUUUCUUCAGUGGGCAAGUUGCUACCACCACUCAUGCUUUCACCUGGAACUCGUGGUGGUUCGGCUUCCAGAAUUUCCAGUUUUAACAAACGGAAAGGAUCGCAGAUUCGAUCGUCGACAACUCGUCCGCAGCAACGUCAAAAACGACAAAUCAGUGAUAUGGUAGCCAUCAUUCCGGAUGAACAUGACCAUCCCAGUUCACGCGAAGAGCCAGAUGACAAUAUUUUUCUGAUAGUGUCUGAUGAAGAGGAUGACAACAACAUGGUGUGGAAGUGGCAACGGUUGGACAGUUUCGAAGCACGGUUUUGUAGCCCAGAAGCUUCCAAGCAAGCUGGAAAUGUGGUGCCAGGUGUUGGUUGGUGA